AGCUCGCGCUGGAUUAUGGUGGAUUGGAUCAGGCCGACAACUUCUUGGCAUUGAAGCUUCUUCUAGCUGCACGUAGCUAGUAGAGAUUGCGACAGCUUGAGAUGGUAUGGCUUACUAGUAGUAGCGUUGAACUUUAAUGAUGGAUACAGUACCAUUAGAGGAGAGGUGAAUGAUCCAAUCAAGUGCAGUACUACCGGUAGUAACAAAGGCUGCAGGCUGGGCUUGUCCCACACCACGCCAAUAUAGACUACCCCGUACCUGUUCUGCAUUGAAAGGCAUGAUUUGGAUUGAAUUCCAUCGUGUAGCAUCAGGUUGACUUCCAAAUUUUUCGCUGUCAUUGGAAAUUGUACAAGUGCUUGUUUUGUUUCUCAAAAGUUCAUACCACCUCCAUACUGUAGUGGGGUGACACGUCUAGAAGCACGGUACAAUGGCCACUGUGACGAGUGCCAUCACCAGAGCCAAGCCAUCAGUAUCAGCAUCAGGACUCUUUCGAUCCUCUUGGUGGAGAACGUCUCAUCAAGUUUUAUUUCUUCUGUCUUUUUGGGCUUGUCUGUCCAUCAUCUACUACUUGGUGUUCUGGCAGUCCUCCUCUCAGACUUCCAUAGUACCGGUACACGACACAGUUACCACGGAAGCCAUUCAAGGAAACGUUGCCACCAACAACCACAAUCAUCCAGAAAGAGGAGUGGAUGUUGUGUUAAAAUAUCCGGACUAUUGCCAACACUACGAUGGCGUUUUGCUCAUCAGUCAAGGCGACCGUAAUGGAGCUGCUGGAACCAUCUUUUAUUUGUUUAUACUCAAUCAGUUGCUCUAUGCGGAACAGCACAACUUACAGCCUUGGAUUCAUUUGAACUCUGUGUCCAGGCAUGUCUAUGAUCACCACCAGCAUGCCACAUAUGCAAGUAGCAGCACAGAAGACACGAGUAUCACCUACCAAUUUACAGAGGAGCUUCAGUUGACUUGGGAACACUUUCAGGAUCCAUUGCUACCCAACAAGACAUUUCCCUAUCCUGGAACACCAGUCUAUUCAUCAUCACCAUCAUCCAACAAUGACAAUAAACCCGUAUCUAUCACGGUUCAUGGCUCGGGAGUUUGGAACUCCUACUUUCAAUCCAUUGUACCUCUACAGCUGUCCAAAAAUAAUGAUCAGACAGCAUUUGUAACGCAUGUCGACAUUACCAAACCAUGUCCCAACAAGCCCCUCCUUCGCUUCCAAUCGGAUCUCAUUCUAGUGAAAGGACUCCAUUUGCAUUGUCCCUACUGUGUACGAGCCUGGAAAUACGGGGGGGUGCCACCCAGUCUCAAAUUGCCAUCCAACAACUACCUCGAAUGGUGGGCACCCAUGCGAGAGACGGGGCAUCGCAUCGUAUCGACCUACUAUCAGUUGUUGCCGUCUCUACAGCAGCAACAACAAUUUGACAGCAGCAAGAACCAGAAAUGCAUGGCCGUGCACAUUCGUCAUUCCGACAAGGCCAACAAACGCACCAAAAUUCCAUUGGCCGCGUUUCUGCCCUACUGUCAAGCCUAUUUGGAAGAAAACAGCAAUGAUGAUGUGUACAUUUACGUGGCCACCGACUCGAGUCGAGUGCUGGACAAGAUUCAAACCGAAUGGCCAGAACCAGUCCAACGACAUGUCCGCUGGCAAGAUCACGUCAUUCGAUCUCCCAAUGGGACCGCAGUCUUUGAGCAAGCAUUUUUGCAACAACAACAACAACAGGGCAGUACUAGUAGUAGUGGCCAUCAUCGAACCAAUACCGAAGUGUUGGUGGACAUUGCUGCCAUGGCACGGUGCGAUUGGAUCGUACAUGGACUGAGUGCCGUCUCGGAGGCCGCCAUUUACACUCAUCCAACCAUGUUUCGCGAUCAUGCCAUCAACCUGGAAUUCUACCAAUACUACAAACGACGACGACGGCGUAACAACGCGACCGAUCCGGAUGCACCCCCGUCGAUUGAAGCCUUCCGCGCCAUGUUACGACAACAAGAAAGGGGCUUGUAGAGAGGGAGUUUUAUGGAGCGACACGCCAAUAAACCGGCAAGAGACGCUUGCAUGUGCGAGGAAUUCAAUUUCAGAAUUCAAAUUCACAGCUGAACUAAAGUAUCGAGGACACAAACAUACAUUGAGAGCGUGCCAUCUUUCUGAGACGACAAAGGCUAGAUCGAUCGGGCUGCAUGAAAUCUUGCGCUCGUGGGACUUUGUCAUUGGGCAUUUUCCAGCUAGCUGCGAGAUGGCUCGUGCACACGGAGAAAAGGAUUCGUUGGUUGGUUCCAUGAGCGCCUUCCUGCAUGGCUGGCUGGGGUCUGAGUGGUGGCACAUGUGCCAAUGGCUACUCAUACUGGUUUACCACUGGCUGUUUCCAACCUACAGGCGGCACAUUAAACUGAUGUAUGCUGGGCAGCUUCGAAAGAAGGACACCUCGUGCGAAGUUGGGGCGUUUUUGGCAUGAUUUUCUCAUGCAUACGCAGUGGGUGCACUGGGUACAACGACAAGGCUGCCUCAAUGUACUAGUACACGUUCUGUCGGUCCACAUGGCAGGUGAACAAAGUUGACAAAGACGACAAUUCCAAUCUACAGUUCUACGUCAUGGCAGCGGGCAUACCGGUAGAACACCAUACCACGGGAAAGGUGGCUCACAAACUCAAAUGUACGCCCAUUCAAAUGAGUACCAAUGAAUUUAUUGACGAACGAUUGUUAUUCUACUGGAAUACCGGUACCGAGUCAGUGGAAGGGACUGUGUUGACUGUUUCGUUGUGGCGCGCCAUAACCCAGUGGGCGUACGUUCGAUUUUGGCAGACACUGGUGUGAUGACUGUGACGUCCAGCCGGAAAGCAAGAAGAGCUCGUUCGGACUAAGCCCUGUCUUUUCAGCACUCAAUGCACCCACUUGCAGCCUUUCCAUUUCCUGCUGCCCUUUUUGACACACUUUUGAGCGUCUAGAUCAUAGGUCUUUCUCUCUGGCAUGGCAAACAGGACCUAGUGAAAACGAAGAAGGAUGAGGAGAAUGAAGCACAAGCCAUUACUGAUCGAAGUAUCGCUCUUUGAAUAUAUUGUCAAUCGGCAAUGCAAGGCAAUUGAAUUGAGCCCACUCGACUAUCUAUCGAUGAUCUACUAUCUGAUUAGUUAUCGCGGCUGGCCCUCUAACGAAGAUUUAAUCGUCGAGGUGAUCCAAAUGUUUCUUCGUCCUUCGACAUUGCCUCAAGGUGUCCGUGGUUCUGGUGGGGCUCGUGGCUCGCGGAGCGGCGGCGGUGGCGCCAAGGGAAGAAGCACCGCAACCCGGCCAAACAGGGGCAGCGGAGACUUGAGGGGAAUGCCUCAGAUACGACGUACUGCCGCGCAGUAGCCAAGGUUUGCAGUCCGCGCGUGCGUGCUUAUCCCAGUGCGGCCCAGAAGAUGCAAGGAGACUCCAGCAGAUCGAGAUCUCUCCUUUUUCCUAACUAUGCUCUUGCUAAGGAAAAGUCGUUCGAUGU